UCGGGACUUGAUAAAAAAAAUCAUCAAGUGCCGGGACUCUCUCCUCUUGUUCCUCUCAAACCCUAGACCUCUCAAUUUCAUCUCUCUGAAACCACCUCCAGUAUCGAUGAUGGCUGGAACGAAGCGACGAAAGAAAACCGGGGAGUCAGCGGCGAAGACACCAUCACCCCUUUCCGAGGUCUACAGCGCCUCCGCCUCUUCCCAACCGCCGAUCUGGACCGUCUGUGAGUGAUUACCCACCUCCUGCGCAGCUGUUUCAGACGUCGACGGCCCAACCUCCAGCAGCUUCAGAUCUGGUGCGACAAGCUCCUCCACCGCCGCGACCUCGAGGAUCUCAAACGUCGGCGACUGAACAACCUCCACCGUGCCAAUCUCAUGCGAGUUCGCAAGCUCAAAACUCCGACAGCACACAAUCUCAGAUGAGGGUUCUUAACGGCUUGCUUUCCCAGCCAGGCCGAGAGCGCUACACUCAGGUUCUUUCUCCCACCUUCGAACCUGGAACCACAUGGUUUGGUCGUGACAAGGGCAGACUUUCCCGGAAGAUCAGAAAGAUCUGUACAAACAAAUUUGAUGAUCCUUUCUACAGUUGGAGUGUUGUUCCUACGGAUGAUGACAAUGAGCUCUUCCUUAAGUCCACUUUCACAAGUAAAAGAGGCAGACCCUAUGGAUUAGGCAGUCUGGAGGAUACUCUUGUGAAUGGGAAGCGGAAGUAUGCUGAAUGCUCAUCUUCAGCAUUCUUGGACCUCCAACAACAGCUGGCUGAAGCUCACCGCAAGAUCCAGAAGCAGGCAGCUUACAACUCCAAGCUAAAAAGGCAGCAAAACAAGCAGACAAAACACUUUUCUAUAAUGGAAAAGUUUUUGUCUGCAAAUAAUCCUAUGUAUGUGGAAUUCAAAGCUUCUAAUCAAGAUGAAGAAGAAGAUGAUGAUGAUGAUGAUGAAGAAGAAGAAGAUGGAGAUGAUGAUGAAGAUGGUGAAGAUGAUGAUUAGGUUCCUUUUGUAGCUUUUGUACUUGGUUAUUUUAAGAAACAUGUUAAGUUUCCUCCUCUUAUAGGGAGUUUUUUUGGAACUUUUGUUGUAUCAAAAAUAUUAUCUAAAUAUUUUGUAUUAGAAAUUUUAAAUUUGGUU